AUGGCUGUCUCGAUAGCAUCGCACGAAAAGUUGGUCGGGUUUGACGUACUUCAAACUAGUUACAAGAAAAUUGGUGACCAUGAAAUCCGGGCAGAUUUUGUCAUACCACAUUCAGAAGCUUCCGGAAAACGACCUCUUAUUGUUCGGUUUCACGGGGGUGGUCUAAUAACCGGCGACUCACUAUGCAUGGAAUGGUUUCCACACUGGCUUCUUGAUCUGGCCAAAAAGCAUAAUGCAGUGAUUGCAUCCGCCAACUACCGCUUGCUUCCCGAAGCCACAAGUCUCGACAUCUUCGAAGAUGUCGAAGACUUCUGGACUUGGCUUCAUUCCUCAGAAGUCGCAAAGUUCCUGUCAUCGCGCGUCGACCAUGUAACAUUGGAUCUUGACCGUAUCAUCACGGCAGGCGAAUCUGCAGGUGGUCUGCUUAGUAUUAGCUUAGGUCUCGCUCAUCCUGAUAAAAUCCGAGCAGCAACGGCCACUUACCCUGGACUGGAUAUGGCCUCAGCACACUUCAGCACCCCGAGUCCGACGCCAUUAACUGAUCUACCUAUCACUGAGUCGUUGGUUGAUGAAGCCCUAGCCCAAGUCAAGCCUGGAGCUAUCCGAUCAUCGGUUCAUUUGCCCGACCGGCUAGAUUUGAUGCUUGCGGCAAUUCAAUACGGGCGUCUGACUGACCUAUAUGAGAGGGGGAUUGACAGCUCACUCCAUCGAGAAAUACGAUAUCCUUUGGAGAAGCUAGACCAGCCGGAUGCUAAAGUUCCCCGUGGUGGAAUUGCCAUUAUUCAAGGAUUGCAAGAUAUCAUUGUUUCCGCUGAAGGAAAUGAGAAAUUUGUCCAGAAAGCCCGUCAGGUCAUGAAGGGACAGCUGGGGUCUGACAAAAUUUUAUUGACACUACGGGACGGUGGUCAUGGAUUCGAGGUUGAGACUCGAUUAGAGGAGGAAUGGGUUCAAGAACACCUUAAGGAGGCAGUUGAGGCUUGGUUAGAGUAA